AUGUGGUCAUUUUUUGUCUUGCUGGUCUUCGCAAAUCAAGGAUGGGCCCGAUCGCGAGGUGGCGCAUCUUUACCUGCCAAAUGCUACACCCCAUCUGGAAAAUCUUGCGACUGGUACCGUGAAUGCUUAGAGAAGAAGUAUCCGUGUGAAUCUAGCAGCAGUCCCUAUGCGAUAAGAUAUGCCGAGAAAUUUUGCAACAUAUACAACAAGCGAUACUCCUUAUUCAGUUCAAGCGGACAAAAAUGGAUCGAUGGUGUUCGCAAGUGCCUCCAAGAUGUUUUGGUGCCUUUGCUACGUUCUGCAAUUACGCCAACAUGUAGAAAUAUAAGACAGACAGCUUUUUCCUCUCACACGCCAUGCUACUUGAAUCCCGGUAAAGGUGCCCCGUCGAUCUGUGAUCUCGGCUGCUAUGAAUACUUCAAAAUCUUCUGGACCAUCAAGGGAUCUUUCACUGCUUCGGAUACAGCCUGGGAAUCCAUCAAAGGACUGUGGAACAUAGGGAGAAAAUGUGGUGUCGUAAGCCAAGUUGGAAAGUGCUUCAAAUGGCUCGUUAAAGGGCGUGCAGUCAAAGUAACCAAAUUAAGAAUAGAAAAGAAAGACCAAUUAGGUCGCCGUACCAAUGGUCCCGUCUCGCGAUCGGAGGAUGAUACACACAACCAGCUAGUGCACGCUAUCGGUUCUGCUAUUGCCAAAGCCUCGAACUGGAAUUCAGAUGAAAUGUUGUGGAUUUCUUAUCCUGAUAACGCAAAGCAUUCAAAUGAACGCACGAACUUUGACAUCAUCAUUGCAUUGAUAGAUAUGAAAGCACUUGGCACAGUUACAAGCCACUCCGUUAACUUGAAACGUGUCGUCCAAGACUUCGCCUCAGCAGUGGCCAAAGAAAAACUACCAUUGAUAGUCCAUGGAGCCAAACUGCAGGUUAAAUCCUUGGUUUCUUGCUAUGAUGAAGCGUGUGAAAAUACGGAAACGCUGCAAACUUAG